GUGAGUAAGAUGGUGUCCGGUGCCUGCAGGUUUAUAUGUGACAGUUUCAAAGCACAAAAUCCUGGUCUUGUGACUGAAAAUUGUUCUGCAAAGGAAUCCAUUCAAAAGAAGUGUAAUGAAGUUCUGAGCAGAAGAUACAAAACAGAUGAUGCCUGCAGUAUGAUUUUUAUACUAUUAGCAUUCUUUGUUCCACAAAAAGGGCUUUCUGAAGAGGGAUUUGCAUUCUGUGUAGACACUUCUAUCUACUCUCUUCAACUGACAAUUGGAGAAGGAUCUUGUAACUUGAUCAUUUCUAAUCAAGGUGGACAAGUAGUAAUCACUGCUGGUUUACCAUGUUCAUCAUCAGUUAAUAUAAAAUCAAAUGGAUCUGGAAACAUGUUCUGCAUGGCAUGGAAUGAAACUGACCACAUCUACUUUAAACAUGGAGAGAACCUACUGCAGCUUGUCUGCAUUCCAGUAGCCAAUAUGUGCUGUGCAGACUUUGGCUUUGUAAAUGGUGCAGUUGGUCAGGAAAUGACUGUGUUUCAAGCAAAUUGUUCUGAUAUCUCCAUCAACAAUUACCUCUCAUUUACCCUAAAUGGGACUAAACAGACCUGCAAUGCUCCUGGGAACAGAAAUUACAGUCCUGACACUGCAGGUCCAGUGUGGUGUAUCAUUUAUUUAUUUAUUGCUUUAUUUUCUUCCUUCUAAGAGAACUUACGAGAGGUGCUAAUUUAAGGGAUGAGUAAACUAUACCCUGGGUACACCAUUAAGAAAAUAGAUCUAAGUUACUGCCUCUUUCUAACAGUGUUUUAAAGUGUCAACAGUUUUCUGCUCUAAAAUCUCACUGGGGAGGCACUCCACUUUCACCUCUACAUGUACAACAUUAAAUCAUUUAAGCCUCAUUUGCAAAUUAUAUUUUGAGGGGCCUAUCUACUAAUAUAUAUUUUGGGAGAAACUGCUUUACAUUUGAUUAAUAAUCCCAGCUAAAUGUCAUCAGCAUACAGAUUAAUCUGUUACAUAGUGUAAACAAAAAAAAGGGACAACAAAUGCAGCUACACACAAGUGAUGCCUACUGAAUUUGAUUAAGGAAAUUUCAGAAAGUUAUGUUUAUAUAUACCUUGACUUUAUGUAUUCAGAAAUUACUUUGAUUUUUCAGACGCUGACUUUAUGCAUUCAGACUUCAUUUAUUCAGGCUUUGACUUUAUAUAAAAUACUUUACAUGUUUAGAAUUUGACUUUGUACAAUCAAAAAUGACAUAUAUUUUAUGAUUUGUGAUAGGGAACUAGUUUGGAACUCCUAGAAUUGUUGGGGUAUCAACACCGGUAAUCCCCAUUUAAUAUUGACAUCAGAAAAUAAAAAGGGUGGACAAGGACACAAAUCUUAGUCUAGCUCAGGAGUGUCCUGUCUAGAAGGGGUAGAGAUGAUUCAGGAUGUCAUGGUCAGUGUUGAGUGCCCUUGCUGGGUGUCUUUUCUGUGAUGUUGGAAAAGAGAAGAUACCAUCAGCGACAGCACCCUCUCCCAUCCCCGAGUGGUACGGCUCACCUCAGUCAAGACCAAAAGAGGAUCCCUUGUUAAUAAUAAUAAUUCUUUACAUUUAUAUAGUGCUUUUCUCACUACUCAAAGCGCUCUCUACAUAGGGAGGACCUUGGA